GCUGUAGAGCUGCUGUAAAUCAAAGCAGAAGAAGACCUCGGAAUAACAGGAUCGCGGCUAUCAUGUUAUUGAUAAUCAUGUCGGUGUAGAAGGAGAACUAAACCCAGAUCAACUACCUGAUCCGAGACGGAGUCUGCACUAUGGCGGGAGAGGAGGAGAGGGGGGUUGUCCGGGUCAAAGUCAAGAAAUGUGAUGAGGUGCUUCCUGUGGAGUUCCGCUCCUUUGCUGUAGAUCCUCAGAUUACAUCACUGGAGGUCCUGCAGCACAUUCUGAUCAGAGCCUUUGAUUUGAACGGGAAACGGAACUUCGGGAUCAGUUACCUGUCACGGGACCGGAGCGGUGCUGAAAUGUAUCUGACUCUGCUGUCUGACUGCGACCUGGAUGCCGCAUUUGUCAGUUCAGCCAAACCGUAUCUGCAGCUCAAGAUGGACGUAAAGCCUUCAGAAGAAAGUCCCGUGAUGGAGGACUGGGACAUCAUUAGCCCCAAAGAUGUGAUUGGCUCAGAACAGCUCCUCCCAGAAAGGACCCGGACUCUGGCGUCUGCAGCCCUCCCCCUCACUCAGUCUCUGCUGUCCCAGGUGGGCCGCACCCUGUCGAAGGUACAGCAGGCGUUCAGCUGGGCUUACGGGGAGGAGAUCAAGCCCUUCAAGCCCCCUCUGAGCGAUGCAGAGUUUCACAGUUACCUCAACGGACAGGGCCAGCUGACCCGCCCCGAGGAGCUCCGACUGCGCAUCUAUCACGGGGGGGUGGAGCCUUCCCUGCGCAAGGUGGUCUGGCGGUACCUCCUGAACGUCUACCCCGAUGGGCUGAGUGGACAGGAGAGGAUGGACUACAUGAAGAGGAAGACGAGGGAAUAUGACCAGCUGAAGACGGAGUGGACAGUGAGGGUCAGCUACGAGGACCUUGAGUUUAUCCGAGGGAAUGUUCUGAAAGAUGUUCUGAGGACAGACCGGGCUCAUCCCUACUACGCAGGCUCGGAGGACAGCCCACAUCUCACUGCCCUCACUGACCUGCUCACCACAUUCGCCAUCACACAUCCACAGAUCUCAUACUGUCAAGGCAUGAGUGAUAUUGCCUCCCCGAUACUUGCUGUGAUGGACAAUGAGGCGCAUGCAUUCAUUUGCUUCUGUGGCAUCAUGAAACGCUUGGAGGGAAACUUCCGGCCUGACGGGCAGCUCAUGUCUGUGAAGUUCCAGCACCUCAAACUGCUCCUUCAGUACUCCGAUCCCGAGUUCUACUCGUACCUGGUGUCACGGGGAGCCGAUGACCUGUUCUUCUGUUACCGCUGGUUGCUCCUGGAGCUCAAGCGAGAGUUUGCAUUUGACGACGCUUUGAGGAUGUUGGAGGUGACCUGGAGUUCCCUGCCCCCCGAUCCCCCUGAAACCGAAGUGGAGCUUGUCGGACCGCCAGUGGAAACCAAUGUCAAUGUAGAGAUGUCCUGCAAAGACAAGGACAAGAGGGUUGAGAUCUGCCUCUGUGAUGAUGGGGAACAAAAAGAGGAGCAACGUAGACGCCAUAUGCUGAGGCCUUCAAGAGAAGAGCAUGUGAGCAGGGAUGCUGUCAUAUCAGAGCAAGACAGUACACAUGGGAAGGGAAUCAAGGACAAUGAGUGUGAUAUUUCUCCAGUGACAAAGGAAAAAGCAGAUUCGCAGGCUCCAGCUCUGGAAAGACAAUUAAGUUUCGGGGAGUUUAAAUACUAUACAGCCCGAAAUGAAGAUAGCUUUCAUAUGGAGAAUGCUGAGCAGGAUCUGGGGUCUUCAGAGCCAGUGACAAGCAACCCAAGGCGCCAGUCCACAGUGGAGAGUGAGGACGACCCAGGAGAAAAAACACCUCUCAUAAAAAACUGUUCCUCUCCAACAUCAUCCCCUCCUCUCUUUCCUAAUGGCCUACAAAACUGGAAAACUGGCCCCUCUGCCCCUCUCACAUCUUCAGUUUCGCCCUCCAGUUGGCCAGGUGCUUCUCCAGACUCUCCCCCAAACUUCACAACCAAUGGGAGUGAGGGUUUAACUAGAACUCUCUCUAAAGUACUGACCUCUUCCGCCCAGGUGCUCAGCAGUACAGGGGUUAUGGCCUCCUCGACCCCCACUGUAAAAAACGCGUCUCCAUCCCACGCUCACAACCGCUUCCUGCUUUCUUCACCCACUCUGUUCUUUGGGAGAGGCUCCUCUCCCAACCGGUCAUCCUCCAACAAUCUCCCUUCCCCGGGCAACAAAUCCCCCAGCACCGCAGUUAACAUGAGCAGCUCAUCAAAAUCUGAGACCACCAGCAUCAAACCCUGUUCCCUGCCGCCCCCCCAGGAGUUUGGCAAAGGAAAUCCCUUCAUGCUCUUCCUGUCCCUGUCCAUCCUGCUGGAGCACCGAGACCACAUCAUCAAGAACAACUUUGAUUACAACGAGCUCGCCAUGCACUUCGAUCGCCUCGUGCGCCGCCACAACCUGAGCCGGGUGCUGCAGCGGGCCAAGACGCUGUUUGCAGACUACCUGCAGAGCGAGGUGUGGGACUCAGAGGAGGGGGACGAGGUGAGCUUGGACUCCCCCACCACUGCUCCACAAGGUCUCUCCCCCACGUUCUCCUCCAGGCCCAUUUACAGCCACCUAGCAUCUCCUCAGUCACCAAACUCAACCUAUAACCUCGCUACCACCAUUCCCUCCCCAACAGCUGAAGUGUCCCUCCCCCCCGCUAUUUUAUUCCAUCAUGAACCAUUGGCGUCCCAUCCUUAGUGAACUGCUCAGUAGACUCAUUGGAGACAGGGAUCUUUUUUUAGACGGCCAUCCAAAUUGAACUGGGCCGUUGAGGAUCUUCUUAUUCUGUUCAUGCUUGAAUACAUACUGUAUAUUCCCUAUGUCUAUAAUCAUUGCAAUAUUUAAUUUUAUUAGCCAUGUUACUGUUUGUCCUUAAAGUGGUGAAGACAGGUUAGUAUGUUGUUCCUGAUAGGCUGCUGAUGCAUGAGACUUUAAACCAUGUUAUUCAGGACUGAGAUUCCCAGAACAAAGAAGGCAUUUAGCCUGAGUUGCCCUUUUUAUCAGCUUUGUUUACAAGCUCUUGUUAUGUCCAACAAACCACACAAGUGUCUUAACUAAAGUUGUAUUAGUUAUUAACAUAAGGGAAAAUCCAGAUUCUGAUUGGUUGUCAGUUUGUCACAAGGGGAAGUGAUGACAACACCUGGAUUCAAGACAAGGCCAGGACACAAACUGUACCUACCUUAUAUACCUGACCCAACCUGUCACCGUUAACCUUAAAGGACACACCCACACUACAUUCAUAUAGGGGGACUGUUGCUGUGACACUCUCAGUACAUACAGGACCUUUCCAUGAUGGAACAGAUACACAGUAACAGGUUACUGCUCCUCUAAGGAGUGACAUGUGACCAGAUAAAGGAACACUGGGUGCUGAGGUCAUUAUUGGGGCUAGUGAAGCCCCAAAUUGUGAUGUAAAAAGGUGUGUUUUACAUUUGACCACAACUGAUUUCAAUCUGGCUAGAAGUAAGACAUACUUAAACAAUUCAACCUCAGGGGAGGAGUGUACUGGCAGUUUUUGACCUCUGGCCAAAUGAGGACGCCAUCUAUCUGGACAUGAAGUCUACUCCCUUAAACAAACUAAUUAAGGCUGGGCUACAUAUAUGUUUGGCUUCUAAUUAUUACAGAUUUUUGUAAUUUUUCAUAUUAGAAAAAUCUGUUAUAACAUUGUUAUUGAAUUGUUCAGAAGGAACCCAGACUGCUGUACCUCCUCUCGGCUCUCUGUAAAGAGUCCUCUCAGUUAUACAAACUCAAGACAGUCACGAGUCGUUUCAGAGAAAUACCAUUCCUAUUGGCUGUUCUAUGGAUGCAGAUGACUGUGCACAUCGCAUCGAUGCAAGCCUGAAAAAUACCAAGAAAAGAAGCGUAGGCAACCACUCUACACUAACAACACAUUAAACAGAGAGUCAGACAGACAGUCAGAGCUUUUCAGAGAUGGAGACACAUUUUGCCAAUAGUGAAACCUUCUGCUCAAGCCCAAAUGUAGGAUUGCUUACACAGUAAGAAGGUACAGUUGGAUGCAGACACCCCCUGGGCAGGGUGACUAAAACAGCCGCUUCGUGAACUAAGGAAACGUUCAUGUUAAUCCUGACAUUUAUAAAUUUAACUGAUAUUCAGAGAGGGGGGCAAAAACAUUGGUUUGAAAUGUCUGAAAGGGUUGGAGAUCCUGCUGAGCUCCAGGUUCAAGUGAGAGGCUCCCUCCCACAUUGCUCAUAUCUAAACAAACAGUUUAGGCAUGACACGUUUAUAAGAGAAGAGCCCUUGAAAGGCCAGGGUCUUCAUCAGGCAUGGAGAGAUGUGAUGAUGUUGAAUUGCAACAUAGGAAAUGGAGGAUUCAGUGUAUUUUUGGAAUUUUUGGAACCUGAAUACUAACUUAAAGUCUCUGCCGCUUCUACUCUUACCAUUGUUGUUCAAAUAUGUCUCUCACAUGUCAGCCAAAUGAAUCAAAGUGCAGCAUUACAUCACAUGUUUGAGAUCUGGUGCCUAAAGCUGUUUGCACCAGUGUUGUCGGCUGGAUUUUGCCUUUCACUCCAAAGUGCUGUUGCAUCUGGUCUUGAUGGAAUAGAAGGAGAACCAGAGAAUGGGUCUCACCAGGAUAAUGUUGCUGUGCCCCAUGCAUUACACCACAUAUAGAUUCCCAUACCAUCUAUGUUAAAUGCUGUGUAUGAUCGAGAAAUAAAUGAUUGUGUCUUUAACCUGUAAUCUUUUUGCCAUGAGGCCGAUAUUCUCUUAACGAUACUUUCAGCUUCAUUAAAGUGUAGUUCAAAGACCCCAAAAAGCUACUGUGGAGUAUUCUAAAUGAAUUAUUUAGUCAGUGAGCAAGUAUACAUAAAAUUGGACCAUGCUUUAACUCUGAGAGAUGGCCAAAAAUCAAACCCACAGGACUGUGAGUCAGCGGGGUGGGUGGGUGUAACCUGUCUUGUGCUCUGCCGAAAGUGAUCCGAAUGCUAGCUGCUAACGAAGCUUCCACAAUCCUCCAGCUGCUACAGGCUCUAGCCCUGACUGAACAGCUUCCUGUGGCUGUGGAAAAGAGGCAAGGGAUCAUUAAUGUCAUAUUGCGAGCCCAGAGACAAGCUCUCAGGAAGUGCUCGGGGUGUUGAAGCAAAUUUAACAGGGGCCUAACGCUGGAAUUACAACUUCAGUGCCAGUCACAUGAUGCCAUUUGGCCCAAAACCUUUUUUUUACCAUUGACUUACAUUGGAAAGAGCAUCUGUAACGCAGCAUAUCAUUUUUUUUUAGAUAAAUCCACUUCCAAAUUAAAACACUUAAAUAGCCCUUAUUCAAGUAGUUAUGUCCCCAAAUAUGUGCUUAAUGGUAAAUCCACAGUUAUCCAUCCUCCUUUCAACUGUGACGUAGCAGCUUGGAGGCGGGGUUUAACAAGAACCUGUGUCAGUAACCUAGAGUUAUCUCGGUCGGGCUCUGACUAACGCCUGAUGGAUUCUAAGAGUGCGACUGGAAGUUAACAUUUAACAUUGAAGGAUAUAUCACAGCAUGUAACCAAAUUCUUUACCAAACAACAUGGUUCUUUAUGUCUCCGUGACUCUUUUUGGAAGCUCACUUCUGCCUUUUUUAUAAGUCCUAAUAAAUACAAAUAUUUCUCCUUCUAAAUCAAAAUCCUAAAAAUAUGGAAAAAGUUCUAGUUUCAAAUAUAACAUACAAAAUCUAAAUUAUAUACUAGACAAAACAUGUUUGCAUUAUUCAUUACUUUUGUGUGUGUGCAGUUUGGGACCCUGUAUGGAGAGCCUGCCCUCAGUGUAUGAAUGUGUAUGUGGGUGAAUCCUAGCAUGUAGUCUAAAGAGCGUUGGUCAGAAGACUAGAAUGUCUCUAUAUCUGCAUCAUUUACCAUAUUUACCCAUGUCUUAAAUGUCUCCAUACAUAACGUAUCCUCAGGAGGAUCUUUAGAAAGAUGUGUUUCCUAACAGCUGACAUGUAAAACCUUUUCAUUGUAGUGGAAAUCAUGCAUCAAAAGGGUUGAUACUUAUCCAUCUGGUCCAACCAUGGAUCGGAGCUUACUGAAACAGUGAUGGUUAUAUUUCAAUCAUUGAAACUUAUUGACUUAAGAUCCAUCCUCAAUGGUAAAAUAUUUCUUAAAAAUUCAAAAUGUAACACAAGAAAGCCACGAGUCAGCAACAGUAGGCCUGUACAUGUUAUUGUUGUUGUUGUUUUGUUUGUUGUUGUUUUGUUUGUCUCUGUUUCAAAGAUAUGAACAUGUUAAGCCUUAUUUAGUGUGCACUUUGAAAUCGAUUGGAGAUAAAGCACAGUGGUAAUAGCAGUGAGGAAUAUAUAAUAUUCAUUAUCAGAGUUAUAUGUAGAAACUCCUGAGAGAUACACGCAUACACAACCUUUGUAAUCGGGCCCCAACUCUCCACAUCGUUGAUGAUGUUUUGGACCCCACCGAUUUGUUGUGUGGGAGCUGUUUUGGUGCUGAGGGGUGUAUCUUUAAAUGUUUUUUCCCUGCAUUGUUUAGUUUUAAGACUUCAUUCUCCAGUGGCCUAUAUUAUAUAUUCUCACCAGUCUAUAAUGCAGAAGGCUGAACAGGAAGUGUGGCUCCCACCCCUCUUUGACGACUGCUUCGGUUUUAAGCAGAAACUAAAGUAACUCUCAUGUCUUUACGGAGCCCCUUGUAAUAAUUUACAUUUAAUUUCAUGUCUUUUUCUAUAUCAGUAUUUAAUAUUAUAUUUCAGAGAACUGAAGUGACUGGACUGGCUGGUGUCUGAGCCAUCAGUAUGUGCAUUUGUAAACAAUUGUUUAUAUUAUUGAAUGACAUAAGGUCAACUUUUUAAUCAUACACCACACAGCAAUGUUACUGAGUGUAUAUUGGACACAAAUAAAUAUUCAAUGCAACUGA